AUGGCGCCGAGCAGCGCCGCAGCCGGGCACCGCGCCGCGCACUGCGCAUGCGCCGAACCCAGCCGCCGCCGCCGCCUCGGGAGCGCGCUCGCGGGUCGCUGCGGCCGCCGCAGGGCAAGGGCAAGGGCAAGGGCAGGGGCGAGAGAGGCGGCGGCCGCCCCGCCCGGGAAGCCCGCGGCGAGGCUCGCACAGCGCGGCGCCGGUCCCCGGUCCCCGCCCGAGGGAGGGAGGCCGCCAGCCAAGGCCUCGCUGCGCCGCCGGUUUUCGCCCAGCUCCGCGGCUCCCCCCGUCGGCCCCUCUAUGUUGCGACCCAGCGGGGACCCGGGCCGGGGGCGGCUGAAGGCGCGCAAGCCGGGGGCAGCAGUGCCCCUGCGGGAUUCGGGCCUGAGCGCUGCUGUCUGGGCGCUGGCAACUGCUGCACCUUCCUACCCGCGCUUGUUUUCUCUGCCUGGCUGCAUGCCCGGAAGGGGCUGCUCGCAGGCGUCUUUCUCCCCGAGUUUGUGUCGCUGCUCAAUGGCGCAGGUCCACCCGCUUCAGACUAAAGGCCUUCCGAAACUUUUCAAGAAGACAGCUGUGGCAGUUAAUGAAGCAUGCUCAGGAGGAAGUUCAGGGUUUUGUGCUUGCAAUUUUUUAUCAAGGCAGGCUCAGCAGCACUUGCGUCAUCUCCUCUUCCUGGUGACAGAUUGCUUAGUCAACUGGUCAGAAACAAGAAGUUCCAUUAAAGGGAAAGAAGGCCAGAGCAUAAUCUGAGGAGUGAGCAUCCUUGAUGCUGCAGGGUGGUUGUUCAUCUCAGAAGUCUGCAUGCAAGACGUUUUCAUGGACAAACAGCAGGAGGGCAGCCUAAAAGCUACAGUCUGGUGCUGUGUAAAGUUGAACUUCAUGAACUAAACUGCUGCUAUAAGGAUCUAAUGGAAGCAGCUGCAUAACGUCGUCAACUAUAUGCUAUGGCUUUGCAUUUUCCCCUAGAGAACUUCAUUGCAAGAAUGUAAAUUACCCACAAAGAAGGUGAAGGAAAUGCUUCCAUGUUCUCCACGCAAAAUGCACACCAUGAGGAGAAGUGGUUUCCUGCCUGCAGAAAGGGAUACAUCAAUGUUAAAACAAAACUUGGUUCUUCUAUGCUCCUGCCAAUCUUUAGAAACAUUUUAUUGCAAUUUUAUUACUUUCAUUUGGACAAAAAGUAAUCUUUUUGAAAUGUUUACAUUUCCUGGGGAAAGAUUGUCAGAUCAGCCUACUUUUAAAAAAAAUCUGUUUACAAGUCAAAAUAAAUAGCACAUUGUGAACUUGUU